AUCGAAAUCCAUUUAACUUUUUUUAUCUUUUGAUGCUCAAUACAGGAAAAUGCGUCGCAUCUGUGUUCACAUCACUUUCUAGAACUCUUUCUCUCUCUCUCUCUCUUCUCUCUUCGGUUUUUUAUUCGCUUCGCAGUUCUCAUUUCGAGGCCGAAACCCGCUCUCCUCCUGUAUACUAUACUUGUUGUGUGUAUCCUUCCUACAUUUGACUGUGUCGCAGCAUUUGAAUUCAGAGUUGUUCAGAUCUGGUUUGUAAAUCAUGAUUCUUUAGCCCUUUUGUUUCGGGGGUUAUCCUAAAGCUCAAAACUUGAGCGUUUGGGACAUUAGAAACUCGCGAUCCAGCUCUUUAAUUUAGGGUUUACUCUUAUUUCAGCGGAUCGCGUAGAUCUGGUGUGUUUCAGCUGAUUUCGUGAAGAAACGACGACUUUUUUUUGACAUAUCUGCUUCUAGUGCUCUUCGCAAGAUCUAAUUCUAAUCGUGUCGGUACAGAGAAAUUUGGGGAUUUUCGAUUAAAAAUAUUGUGGUCAACUUGCUCUGAUUGUGUUUGUGAAAUGUCUGUGUUGCAUAAAAGCGAUUCGAUUCAAAUCCGUGAGGUUUAUGCCGACAAUCUGGAUGCAGAAUUCGCGCUGAUCCGUGAGAUUGUUGAUGAUUAUCCCUUCAUCGCCAUGGACACUGAGUUCCCCGGUAUCGUGAUCCGGCCAGUUGGAAAUUUCAAGAACACCAAUGAUCUCCACUACCACACAUUGAGAGACAAUGUGGAUUUGCUGAAGCUGAUUCAAUUGGGGCUAACGUUCUCCGACGACAAGGGGAACUUGCCAACUUGCGGCACUGAUAAGUACUGCAUCUGGCAGUUCAACUUCCGCGAGUUCAACCCCAACGAGGACGUGGCAGCACUGGAAUCAAUCGAGCUCCUGUGCCAGAGCGGCAUUGAUUUUGAUAAGAACACUGACAAGGGCAUUGACGCAUUGAGGUUUGGGGAGCUCCUGAUGUCGUCUGGGAUUGUUCUGAACGGAGAUAUGCAUUGGAUCACGUUCCACAGUGGCUAUGAUUUCGGGUACUUGCUCAAGAUCUUGACUUGCAGGAAGCUGCCGGAGUCGCAGGAAGGGUUCUUCACCUUGAUCAAAGUGUAUUUCCCGGUGCUGUACGAUGUGAAGCAUCUGAUGAAGUUCUCCAACAGCCUCCAUGGCGGGCUGAGCAAGCUGGCCGAGCUGCUGGAGGUGGAGAGAGUGGGGAUCUCCCACCAGGCGGGCUCAGACAGCUUGCUGACCUCGGCCGCGUUCAUGAAGAUGAGGGAGAAGUUCUUCAAUGGAGCAGUGGAGAAGUAUUCUGGUGUAUUGUAUGGUUUAGGUGUUGAGUAAUAGAACAGGCAGAAGGUGGACUGGAAGAAGAAAAAAAAUAAAGAGAAUGUGAUUUCUAGGAUGUUGGUUAAAAAACUAGGUGUGUUGUGCACUGCCAAGAUUUGAGGUGCCUCACAUUUGUACACUAUACAAGUUUUAGUUUUUGUGAAUUUGAGUUAUAAAUUCUGUUUUCUGCAAUUAAUUUCUAUAUAUUUGGUUUA